AUGAAAUUUCCUGGGUUUUCUAUUGCUGUCUGCUUGCUGGCCAGUGGUUCAUUCAUCAGCGCUAAUCCAGUUUCCAAAUCAUCUGAAAAUCUUCAAUACCUCCAAUUAGACUUGAAGAAAUCCUGGGUUGGUACUAAUGAGCUCGAACGAGCCGCUAAGGAAUGGGAGGAGGUUCAGAAGCUCGAAUACCAUCCUCUUAAGCUUGACAUAAGAAAUCGCCAAUUUUUCUAUGCUGUUGAUCUCAACAUUGGUACGCCGGAGCAAAAAAUGACAGUACAACUUGACACUGGGUCGAGUGAUUUGUGGGUUGUGGGUUCUGAUGUGCGUUGUAGCUCUUCCGAACCAAAUGACGAUUGUAAAGAAUAUGGUACAUUUGAUACCAGUCAGUCAUCCACUUGGUCGCCAAAUGGCACCGACUUUUUUCUCGGUUACUUUGACGGUACUUUCGCAUUUGGUAAAUGGGGUAUGGAUAUUUUGAAUAUAAAUGGUUUCAGAAUCGAAGGCGCAACUUUUGGUGUUGCAAGACAAUCUUCUACUUCUCUCGCUGUGCUUGGUGUUGGUCUACCUGCGCUUGAAGCAACAAAUAUGCAGUUUCCACCUUAUACUUACGAUAACUUACCCCAAAUAUUAAAGCGUAAUGGUAUUAUUGCAAGGAAUGCAUACUCUUUGUUCACUAAUGAAUUAGACGCUGGUUCAGGAUCUAUUCUUUUUGGAGGUGUCGAUCAUCAGAAGUAUAGCGGCAAACUGCUAACCAUGCCAAUUGUUAACGUUGCACCCGACAAGAGUCCUGUACCAAUUUCUCUUGCUUUGAUAUUGAGUGGUAUAGCCUACAGUACCAUGGGUGAUAAGAUUUACCCUCUUACCUCAAGAAUACCUGCCGUUCUAGACAGUGGAACAAGUUUCACCUACUUCCCAAAUACAAUUGCUGAGCAAAUAGCUGAAGUAUUAGGUGCUGUAUGGGACGACGAAGCCGGCGCAUAUGGAGGCCAGUGUCCCUCUCCUAGCGACACUUUGGAUUUUGACUUUGGCGGUAUACAUAUUAGUAUUCCACUCUCAGCUUUUAUUAUUAAGGCUGAGUUCGACAACUGUUAUUUCAGCAUCCUUCCAUUUAAACAAGAUACGGUCCUUUUGGGUGAUACAUUCUUGAGUCAUGCUUAUGUUGUCUUCGAUGUGGAUAGGCAAGAAAUCUCUAUGGCUCAAGCUUCCUACAACUCUGCUGAAGAUAUUGAGCCAAUCAUAGAUGAUAUCCCAAGAUCUGAAAAAGCUCCAGGUUACGCGUUUGUUUGGACCUAUGGCCAAUAUAGAAAAGGAGCAAAAUACCAAGAUUGUGAAUUCUAUAAAUUUUCACACUAA